GCUACUAGCCCCAGGCCCCCCAAGCCCAAAUUGUCCCUUGACCUCCCCCUUGGGGGCCAGCCCAGGCGGCCUCGUUGACUCCCCUCCGACUUGUGGCUCCUCCUUCCCCAUCCUGCCCUUCCCGGAUCCGGGAUCCCAACUCUUCCCGUGGCCCUUCCCGAGGCCGGGGGGCCAUUGGCGACCACCAUCCAGGAAAGCCUCCCCCUCCAGGGUGGGAAGGGACUUUGGCUUGGAGCCCCGGGCUAACAGGGGGCAGGCAGGGGGCUCGUUGCCCAACCCUGCGACUUGAAAGCCCCCCCCCCCAUAAAUCAAUCGUAUUUAUUGAGCGCUUACUGUGUGCAGAGCACUGCACUAAGCGCUUGGGAAGUUUUCCAGCCCCUAGUUGGCUUCCCCACCCGCUACUGAUCAGUUCCUGGACUCCCUCCCUCCCAGGCCCAGCCUCAGGAUGGCCACCUCAAGACAGUCCCACCUCAAGCUGCUCCUCGUUGGAAACUCCGGACUGGGGAGGGGAGGAUCCCGGCCCCUGAGGCUUCAGUCAUCCCUCAGGGUGGGAAAAUCUGCGCUGAUGAACCAGUAUGUCAAUAACCGCUUCAGUAACCGGUACCGAGCCACCAUCGGAGCCGACUUCCUCACCAAGGAUCUGUGGUUGGAUGACCAGACCGUCACCGUCCAGAUCUGGGACACGGCAGGCACGGAACGGUUCCAGUCGCUGGGAGUGGGGCUGUACCGGGGCUCUCACUGCUGCCUCCUCGUCUUCGAUGUCACGGCCCCGGCCUCCUUCCGAGCCCUGGACACCUGGCACCGGGAAUUCCUGAUCCAGGCCGCCCCAGCCGAUCCCAACCGCUUCCCUUUCGUGCUGGUUGGGAACAAGACCGACCUGCCCGGCCGUCAGGUUUCUCGUGAGGAGGCGGAGGAGUGGUGCGCCAGAGCACACGCUCAGUACUUUGAGACCAGCGCCAAGGAGGCCACCAACGUGGAUCUCGCCUUCCAGAGUGCCGUGCGGGCCACUCUGGGGCAGCACCGAGAACCGGAGCUGGUCCUGGGAGACACGGUUCACCUUCACCAGGAGAAACGCGAGCGGAAACUCUGUGCUUGUUGAGUCCGACGGACCGGCCCGUCCCUUCUCACUGCCCGGCCUCCACCUCCGGCCCAGGCCCCUUCCCCCCGAGCUGGAGCCUGCAGGCCUUCUCGGCACUUUGGCAAUAAAAGCGGGUGAUGAACGUCACCAGGCUUUCAGUU